AGCGAGUUAAUACAAGUACAAAGUGACUAUAAAUAUACCUUGUUUGCGGGAUAAAAAAUUACUCCGUAUCAUUAAAUAGUACGAAGUACAAAGCGACCAAAUAUAUACAUUUAAAAUGGUAAAAGUAACAUAAACAAGGAAGGGUAAAUUGGACAAAUAAAAAGAUAAAUCAAAAGUGAGUAAACUAAGGAAAAGUUGUUGUAUUCAAAACAAUACUAUUUCACAUUUAGGUACAAUAUGUAACCGAAAUCAUAGGAAAAUGGUCAACAAAAAACCUAAAUUGAAAUCUAUAAAUAAAAUAAAACUCAUUUUAAUUUCCUUAAAUACAAUUAAAACCCCAUUUAAUAAUGAAAAUCAAUAGUUAUAAAAAUUCUUUUAAAACCCUUCUUUCUCUCUCCUCUUCACACACACACACUCUCUCUCUACACCCUUCUCUGAGUGAUCUCUCUCAAUGUGUGUGAGCGUUUGUAAAAUACUUUAUAAUAUAAAAAUUAUACACAUAUUUUACACACAUAUAAAUAUCGCUCUCAACUCUUCAUUUUAAUGGCGUGAGCGUGCACAGAAGUAACAGACCGUACUACUACUCUAGGCUAAAUUCGUGAAAAAAAAUCAAAAAUUAAAAACCCAUUUCCUCAAAUUGCUAUUUUUUUUUUUUUAAUUUCAAUCAAAAUUUCUUGACAGAAUGAAAAAAAAAGCGUCGAAAAAAAUCUCCAUCAAUCUUCCUUCAUGUUCAUGUAUUUUUCUAUAAACUUUGUCUCUUUUGUUUGAAAUUUUGAUCUGGGGUUUUGUUGUUUUUGUGUGUGUGUGUGUGUGUGUGUUUUUUUGAAUUUUUUUUAUUUGGGUUUGUUAUAUUUUUCCCUUUUUUUGUUCCUACUCUGUUGUUGAAUAUUAGCGUAAAUUGUGGGGUGUUUGUUAAUUUAAUAUGAAGAAAAGUGAAAGAGAAUUUGAUUAUAAUUAUUCUGGUGAAGCAUCUAAUUAUUAUCAUCCAAAAAUGUACGAGGGUGUUGUUCAACCUUCUGCAAAUUCUGGGUUUUGUUUUCCUGAUUUUGUUGUUGGUUCAUCAACAGCAUCAUCAUCUUCUUCAUCAGUAAACCCUUUUGAUCAUUCACGUUUUUCAACGCCAAAAACCCAUUUUGUAGAUCAAUUUUAUGUGGCUCCUAAUUUACCAGAUUCUUACUAUAGAAGGGUUAACAAUGAUGGUGUUGUUGGUGGUGGGGUAAUGGUGGAUGAGCUUGGUUUAGCAGCAGAUUUUCAGAAGUUGAGUGUUGGAAAUUCUGAUGUUGUUGGACAAUUUCAUAGAGAUUCAGAUGUUUUUAGGGGGAGUGAAUAUAAUGUGACUGAGAAUUUUGGGGUUUUAGAGGGUUUAUAUAACAGUAAUGGGUUUUCUGGUAAUGGGGUAGGGUUUCAAUCAUCUGUGUAUAGAGAUGAGCAGGGUGUUAAGGAUUUUAGAUUGGGGGGGAUUAAGGGAGGGGGUAAUCUAGCCGAUUCGUUCGGGUCGAAUUCCGGUUAUGCUGCAAUGCAUGGUCAUCAUAACUAUUUGAUUAAUCUUCCUUUGGAUGGGAUGAGUCAGAUAGGAGAUGAGUGUUUUGGGAAUGUUGGUGUGCCAUUUCUUGGAGGAAAUAAGUAUUGUGAUCCAUUGCCUGUGUAUGGAAGUGGUGAUUUUCGAGGUAAUGUUUCGAUUCUGAAGGGAGGUGAAUGUAACAGUAAUGGAGGUGUGAUUCCAAAGGGGGAUGUAGGGUAUGGUAAUGGAAUGUUUGAGUCUGGAUAUGGCCCUCAUGUUGUAGGUGAUCCUUUGCAGCAAUAUAUGUUGGAUGGCUGCAAGGAGAUGUUGAAUCCUUGGGGAAAUUCUCAGAAUGUGUCUAUGUAUAAUAAGCCUGGUUUUAAUGAAGCUUUCUUAGAGCAGUAUGGACGGCAGUAUCCUGGCAAUGUGGGUAGCCUAGGUUCUGUCGAUCCCUCUCAGUUAAUGUAUUAUAAGCAGGGUUUGAGUAGGGGAAAUGCAUUUUAUAACUCAAUGAGGGAAAAGAUGAGGGCUGUUGAAGAAAGGGAGGGUCCUUUGCCUGUUACUUUGAUGAGAAGGCCAAGGAAUCUCGAGUCCUAUGGUUCUGAAAGGACCUCGAUCUUACGAGAUAAGGGAUUUAAUGGAGCAAUUGGUAAGAAUUGUCAAUUAGGUGGUCUUAACAAGAAUCUGCUUAGUGGGAAUACAGUGCCAAACAUUGGGGAGAGGAACUUUGAACUUAAUGUAAAUGUUCCAUUGCAGACUAAAAGAGCUUGUGAAAAUGGUAGUCAUGUGCUUGAUCCUUUGAUGGUGCAGGCUCUAUAUAAGUCAUUGGUUGAGGUUCGGGGUAGAAUCUGUAACAUGGCAAAGGAUCAACAUGGUUGUCGCUUCCUGCAGAAGAAGUUUGAUGAAGGGUCAUUUGAAGACGUGCAACUCAUUUUUAAUGAAAUUAUUGACCAUGUUGUUGAGCUGAUGAUGAAUUCCUUUGGAAAUUAUCUAAUUCAGAAAUUGUUGGAUGUCUGCAAUGAUGAACAAAGAAUGAGGAUUGUACAUAUGGUGACCAAAAACCGAGGAGAACUUGUCAAAGUUUCUUUGAAUACACAUGGUACACGAGUGGUGCAGAAAUUGAUCGAGAGCCUUAAAUCAAGGAAGCAGAUCUCAUUGGUUAUUCGAGCUCUUGAACCAGGAUUUAUUGAUCUUAUAAAGGAUCUGAAUGGGAAUCAUGUUGUCCAGCGUUGCUUGCAAUGCCUUAGCAGUGAUGAUAAUAAGUUCAUCUUUGAUGCGGCUGCAAAGUACUCUGUUGAGAUUGCUACUCAUCGGCAUGGGUGUUGUGUUCUUCAACGUUGUAUUGCUCACUCCACUGGUGAACAUCAACAGAAGUUGUUAGAACAAAUAUGUAGCAAUGGCCUUAUUCUUGCUCAAGAUCCUUUUGGAAACUAUGUUGUGCAGUACAUCCUCGAGCUAAAAAUUCCAUCUGCGGCAGCACAGCUGGUUUCUCAAUUGGAAGGGAACUUUGUGCAUCUCUCCAUGCAGAAAUUUAGCAGCCAUGUGGUUGAAAAAUGCUUCAAGUUUUAUGAGGAAAGCCACGCAAGAAUUGUGUAUGAAUUGCUAUCAGUUUCUCAUUUUGAGCAACUUGUGCAGGAUCCUUAUGCUAACUAUGUCAUUCAGUCAGCACUUGAAAAUACCAAGGGCACUCUCUACGAAUCACUUGCAACAGCUGUUCGUCCUCACUCGAUGCUACGUACCAACCCAUAUGGCAAGAAGAUUUUCAGCCGAGGAUUGCUGAAGAAGUGAGAUGAGAAGGAAGCUUUUUUUUGUAUGUUGUUUUCUGCAGUAAAGAAUGUUGUUUGUUACUUCUACAAUAAUCAAACUUUGUGAGUCUAUAUGUCCGCUCUGUGUUAGCUUUUUAGCUAGAUAAACCUUAUAUGAUCUCGUGGCCUCAUGGGCAUGUACAUCGUCGUUUUUGGAUCCCUGAUUCCCAUGAAGCUGUUCGGGUGUAAAGGAAUUUUUGCUGCUCUCAGAUAGAAACAUUUGAGGUGUAUAGAUCAGAGCUUACUUAGCUGCUGCUUUUCUUGUUGAUGACUUCAGGGCAGGCUGAAGUUCUAGUUACCAUUUUAUUUCACUCAUAAAACAAUGAACAAGUCUUUUUUAGGAUUGUAAAAAUGUGUGUUUUUGUGACAUUUUCAAGCUAAAAUUUAGCCUU